AUGGUGAGGGGCCCAUACACCGGCCCGCACGCCGGGCGGGGACAGCCGGGAGCCGGGCGCGCCGAGGAGACGCCGGAGCGCGGCGGGGACGCGCGGGCGCCGAGCGAGGAGGCGCUGGUUGGCGCGGCCGGGGGGGCGCCCGGGCGAGCGAGGGGGAGAAGGAGGACGACGAAGGGGCGGGGAGGCCCGCCGAAACCGAGGAGCCGCCGGGAGCCGGGCCGGGCCGCGCCGCCGCCGUUGCCGUUGCUACCAAAACAGUCUGAGGCGGAGGGAGGUGAGCGCUGCCCGGAGGGAGGGGGGCCGGGGCCGGGCGGGGGAGGGGCGGCGGAGGGAUACGGUCUUGGAGCCCCGCCGCUGCCGCCCCGCCCGCCCCGCCGCGCCGGCCGCGGGAGCGAGCGCCUCCCGGGCCACCUGGCCGCGGCGAAGCGACGAGGUUCGAUGGCCGCUGCGGGGCCCCGAGGAGCUGCGGCCGCCGAGCGCAUCGGGGGCCAGGCACACAGAGGUACCGCGUGGCGAUGCCGGGUGGGCGCGGAGGUGCGGGAUGGGGACUCUUUACCGGAAGUCGGAAGGGUCGGACGGAAGCAGAACGUGAGGCGGCUCCGGGACCGGGAGGGACACGUGAGGAGCGGGCGCUGCGCUGGGCUGCUUUCGCGGGGGUCGGGCGAGGGCCCGGCUGCCGUCCCUGCCCGGGUCCGCCCUUCUCGAGGCGGGUCUGCCCUUCGGAGAGGGCGUGUCUGUCUUCCCCUGCAGGGCCGGCCUAAUCUCCGAAGUGUUCUGCAUUCUCAGACUGUUGGGAGAAUGCGUGUUUGCCCCCACCUGAUGCAACCUCGAGUGACCUGCGAGUGUCUUCAGGACGGAGACUGUGUCUUGCUACAUAUAAAGCACCUAGAACACAAGCAUCCCAUGAUUUUUUUGUAUCUCCGGCACCUGGCACACAGUAGGUGUUCGCUGUGACAGCUGGGUGUCAAAGACAGGCUCUCCUGUCUUUCCUUGCCUAGACCAUCAGAAUUGGAACCCUGGAUCGACUUCCCGCGGCCACGUACAUCUGUUAUUCCUGGUUGCCAUCCUCAGCCCCAACAGCCACUCAAUCUGCUUUCUGUUUCAGUGGAUUUAUCGAUUGUGUACAUUUCAUAUAAAUGGAAUUUUACAAUG